AUGAAGCGUAAGAGCUCUACAAUCACUAUAGAAAUUCCUGCGAAGCAACAAAGGGUGGAGAAUAGGUCUCCCUCACCGGACUUUUGGCCUGAUAGUCCAACCGAAUAUGGGGUCAACGACCCGGUGGACUUCUGGCCACCAACACCAACUGCUGAAGACAACGAUAAACAAACCUCUAAGCUUUUCAGUAAUAACAUGGCGACACCUCGGAGUGAGGUUGUGGUGCUCAUAACCCAACCUCCUCCAGAGGCUAUUUCUAAAUAUGUUAGGAACGAUAAAUCGUUUCGAAACUACCAACAACAACAACUAAAUGCAAACCUUCCCUUUGUGGUCCUUGAGGGAAGGGUCUUCUACGUGGGAGACCGAGUGGCCUGUCUAAGAGAAGACAACACCUUAGCUGCGGCGCGAAUCCUGGAUAUAGACGCGCCUAAACUUCCCCAUAUAGAUCCACAACUUCAAGAACGGAUCUUUGUCCAUUUCGAGGGGUGGGGUCCGGAGCAUGCAAAGAUGGUAACGGAACUCAGUAUUAGAGCGUGCACCCAGGAAAUCGUGUUUGGACCAAAUGGGAGAGACGACUCUAAAACGUGGCAGACAUACAAGGAAUUUUAUUCGAGCGAUGAGGGACGUAGAAGUAGAGAACACACUGGUGUUAUUUUUGACGAUACCAUGCUGCUGCAUGAUUGUCCUUGCGUCCUAGAAGACCGUCAACUUAGUCGGCACCCAGAAAAGCCUGAACGAUGCAUUGAAAUCAUGAACAAAUUUGAAUCUCGAGGUCUUCUUCGUAAAGUUAAGCGAUUGCGAACACGGAUGGCUUCAAAAGAUGAAUUAGAAGAAUGUCACUUUGACCGACAUGUUGCCACGUAUUUCUCCUCAAAACCUCUCGUGAUGCCCAAUAUUAACAACGGCGUUGUCGAAUCUUUAAUAGAAAAUAGUAAUACCAAUGUUGAAGAAAGGAAAAUCUGGGCACCAUCGAGUCUUAAAGACAAAAUGCUUUGCGGUGAGUUAGGAAUUAGCUGUGACACAACCUAUAAUCCAGCCGGAACUCCGAAUGCAGCACGAAUGGCUGCUGGCACGGUGAUCGAAAUGGUAGAUGCUGUUGCGUCUGGAAAAGUUGUCAAUGGUUUUGCAGUUGUUCGACCUCCUGGUCAUCAUGCCGAACAUAACCAAGCCAUUCACGGUAAUGGAACACAAAACCUUUUCUAUGAUCGUGGAGAUGUUCUUUAUGUCUCGUUACAUCGUUAUGAAAAUGGUACGUUUUACCCGUACACUGGACCAACAACUGAUAUCGGCUCAGGUGAAGGAUUAGGGAAAAAUGUCAAUAUAACAUUUUCAGCUGAUAAAGAUAAACCUGAAGCUAUGGGUGAUACUGAGUAUAUUGCCGCCUUUGAAUAUAUUGUAUUACCUAUUGCGCGACAAUAUAAUCCUGAUCUCGUGAUAGUGUCUGCCGGAUUUGAUGCAGCCGAAGGACACGAGGAUGGUAUUGGCGGAUACAAAAUAACCCCUCGAGGGUACGCUUAUAUGACGCAAAUGCUUAAAAACUUUGCCAACGGAAAACUUGUACUUGCACUCGAAGGCGGAUAUGCAUUGGAACCUCUGUCUGAAUCGGCUAGUGCGUGCUUGUCCGCUCUGCUCGGUUCUGAAUUAUCUCCCAUUGAACAAUAUCAUUUAAUUGGUGGGUUGAACACUAUUAAACCAAAUCAGGCUGCUGUAACCUCUUUGCAGAAAGUUGUGAGCACCCUGAAGCUAUAUUGGGAAUUCCCUGAAGAGGUUACACGUGAUGAUUUCAGAUUCGCUUUGCCUGUCGAAUGGAGAGCCGCUAAUAGCUUAUCAACUCGACCUAAACGUGCACCUAAACCUAAAAAGAGGUUAGCUGUAGAGGGUUAA